CACAAUUCUUUGACACCAUGGAGAGCAGAGUGGAGGGGCAGAGUCUCGUUGUUGAGUGUUACUACAGUACAUGGUAUUACAGUGGAUCGGAGAAAGCCUGGUGCCAGCUGAGAGAUGAGAAAUGCUCUCCCAUAGUUAACACCUCUUACACAUCAUCACGUAGAUACCAAACCAGGGUUACCUCUGGAAGAGCCAUGAUAGAGGAUGACACCCACAAUGGGAUUAUAACCAUCACCAUGGAGAAGCUGCAGGUGCAGGACUCCGGCCUGUACUGGUGUGCGCGCUAUGACCCGCCCAAUACACUGUUUCCACUAAGGACAAUUAAAUUGGACGUUUUCAAGGUCCAAGAAUACGAUGCUAUGGAGGGACGGAGUCUCUCUGUCCAGUGUCCAUACAACACACAGGAUUACAAAGAGAAGAAAGCCUGGUGCCGAAGAACAGUUCAGAAUGAGUGUGAUGUAUUGGUCAACACUGAUCACAGGUACUAUCAAAACAGGGCUCAGAAAGGUAAAGCCAGGAUACGUGACGACAGCCAGAAAGGGAUUGUUACUAUCACCAUGGAGAAACUACAGGUAGACGAUGCAGGGGUGUACUGGUGUGUGUGCUACGAACCUCCCAGGCUUUACAGAAUAAUUGAAGUUAAACUGGCUGUUGCUAAGGCUACAUCUACAAGUGACGUCGGAGUUACCUCAAGCACAGGUCACACCCACCUAAUCACCCCAGCAGACAGCAGCUACCUCGACUCGAAAUCUACCUUCCUUUGGUUGGGAGUUGGCUUCCUGAUCAACAAGACCCUGUUAGCUGUGAUGAUAGCUCUCCCAGUGAGAAGAAGAAACCGCCUCGGAGGAAGCACCCAGACACCAAUAAAUCUUGAAUUCAUGGGCAAAAGGACAGCUGAAGCCAGCACUGGAGACCUGUCUGAGGGGGUGAGGACUUGAUACAAAUGUCCUCCUCCGGAAGCAUCUCUGUACUUGAACUUGACGAUGUCAUUCCUGCCAAGGCUCUGAGCAGAAGCGAGUGCCCAUUCCACACAUUGUAUCCGAGCCUUCAUCCCUAUAUACACCACCCCCUCUCUACACUGCGUACCCCAGACUUCAUACCCAAUAGCAUGGAGAGAGGAUGCAGAAUAAUGUAGCUCCUUACCUAAGCUCCCCUUCCCUUGCAGACCCUGGGAUAUGAGCUGGGCUCUCUCCCACCUCAGCAAUUUUACACCUAAUAAUGCUUCAGUGGUUCCCUGAUAUCCAUGAGGAAGAAGCAAUCCACCACUUUCUUUCUGAGUUGCUCUUCCAGCUGGGUUGGAACGCCCUCCCCGCCUGCACACACUUGAGUAAUAUUGAAUCGCUUUGGGAAAUCUGGCUAGGUACAAAUGAUGCUUUCCAGUUUGAGUUUAUGAACAGUCUGUAUCUUUAUGUCUUAUGACUGCCUUUGACUGUGUUCUGCCUCAUGCUCCAUGUGUUAAGAGGAGAGGGGCACUAGCAUGUCCAUAGACAGGUUGAUCAUUAUAGACUAGCAGCACCAGAACAGAUCUUACUCGGGGAGAACACGGGAGUAACUGCAUGAUAGAUUAAGUUCGCUUUCUCCAAUUUCUCUGACUGGGGCACUGGGGGCUUGAAGGAAUGGAAUUUUCCCAGAAGCAGAACAAAGAGAUCCAGUGUUAGCGCGGGGUCUUAAAAACUGCAGCAGCUUAGAGAUUCAGGAGGGACUCAACAGAAGCUUGGACAGCAGAGAAUAGCAGAGGGACAUGCUUUCAUAGCUGGGGGGUCCUGUUGAACUGUGGGACCAGCUGAGGAAGAAGGAAGCUGGCUGAAGAGGAGAGAGACAUUGUGAUUCGGAGGAGGAGCCACAUGCAGGAGAUGGGAUCCUGGACUCAUAGUGGGCUCCGACUUAAGCUCAAAGAAUGCUCAAGAAUGGUUAGCAAUCUGAAGCAGGGAACUGCACACAGAUGUCAUUGUUUGGACUACAUCUCUAUAUGUCUUGUUUGGGAGCUUUUGCAAAGUCAGUGUGUUAUGUGCUUCUCCUGUCACGUGUCCCUAGAGAGGUCACCUGUAACCCAGAGCACCCACAAAGUUGGAGCUCUUGGAAAGGGGGAGCUUAAACUACUGGAAUGGCCGUGGGAUCCUGGAGGCCUAGAGUGGCUGGACUGCGAGCCCCCAUUUCCAUGAAGUGUGCCAGAGAGGCCAAAGAAAGAGGCAGUGCUGGAGCCUACUCAACCUUGGAAAGUUUAAAGCACAUGGCUCUAGACCCAUGCACAGUAGCCUGGUGAGUGUCCGGCAGAGAGAGCUUUAGCGGGGCUGUGACAAAUAUCCACGGAAGCUCUCUGCUGUAUUGGCUGCAGACGGGCCCAGUUUCAUAGGAUUGACAACAGUCCCGUAUCUUUAGGGAUGCCCCUUAUUUAAAUAAAAAAUUGCCUGUCCCAAACUAAAUCAGUACUGAGAGCCUUUUAUCAUCUGUUUCAAUGUAGAGUGUUGCCAGAGCAGUCCAGAAUUUGGCCUGGCCUCCCCUCUGUCAUGCACGGAGGGGCAGCCAGGUCAAAUUUGAGUAACACUGACAGAGGGGCACUGCCAAGAAACUGGUCCUGUAUUUUUUAAAUAGAAUGUUGGCGACCCUACUGUCACUCCAUGUGCUGUACAAUGCUGAAAGCUGUAACAACUCUGUUAAACUGAAAAUAUGAAGUAUGAACACUGGCAACACCCAUUUUUUCAUGUUCUUUGUGUGUAUAUAUUUUCCUACUGUAUCUUCCACUGCAU